AUGUCAACCGAUGCAUAUUACCCUAACUAUGGCUAUGUUGGAGCUCCUGCAAAUUACAAUGGUACUGGACCGAAUGGUGGCGACAGUGCUGUCAUAAAUCUAAACCAAUGGUUCGACGCAGGCGACCAAGCUUUUAUCAUUGUAGCAGCAUGUAUGGUUCUACUCAUGCCCCCCGGUCUAGGCUUCCUAUACUCCGGUCUUGCAAGGCGAAAGUCCGCACUCUCGAUGAUAUGGGCCUGUAUGGGCGCCUUUUCCAUAAUAGUCUUCCAAUGGUAUUUUUGGGGUUAUUCUCUGGCUUUUAGUUCGACGGCUACGAAUGGGUUUAUUGGAAAUUUAAAACAUUUUGGUUUGAUGAACACUUUGGGCACGCCAAGUCCAGGGAGUCCGCUGAUUCCAGAGUUGUUGUACAGCUUUUAUCAGUUACAAUUCUGCGCAACAACCGCCGCAAUUGUCGUAGGAGCAGUCGCUGAAAGAGGUCGUUUGGUUCCUAUGAUGGUAUUCAUAUUUUUCUGGGCUACUAUUGUCUACUGUCCCGUCGCUUGCUGGGUCUGGAAUAUCAAUGGCUGGGGAUUCAAAUAUGGUGUUCUCGAUUAUGCCGGUGGUGGACCUGUCGAAAUUGUUUCGGGUAUGUCCGCGCUUGCAUACUCAAUGGUGUUGGGCAAGAGACAGGAAAAGAUGAUGUUGAACUUCAGACCGCACAAUGUGUCGCUCAUUACCUUGGGUACAAUUUUACUGUGGUUUGGAUGGUUGGGAUUCAAUGGAGGAAGUGCUUUUGGAGCGAAUUUGAGAGCUGUGAUGGCUUGUUGGAAUUCCUGCUUGGCCGCUAUGUUUGGAAGUAUCACUUGGUGUUUGUUGGAUUGGAGACUUGCGAGAAAAUGGUCCAUGGUAGGUUGGUGUUCGGGCUGUAUCUCUGGUCUUGUGGCCGCCACACCCACAUCUGGAUUUAUUCCUCCAUGGGCUUCUGUUAUUCUCGGCAUCGUCACCGGUAUCGUCUGCAAUUACAGCACCAAAAUUAAGUUCUGGAUCCGUAUCGACGAUUCCAUGGAUGUGUUGGCUGAGCACGGAAUGGCCGGUGUCGUUGGACUAAUUUUUAACGCUUUGUUUGCGGCAGACUAUGUAAUCGGACUCGAUGGUGUCAAUACCGGUAUCAUCACAGGCGGCUGGCUCAAUCACAACUACAAGCAACUCUAUAUUCAAAUCGCCUACAUCGUUGCCUGCACCGCUUAUUCUUUCGUCGUCUCUGCCAUCCUCGCUAUCAUCAUCAACUAUAUUCCUGGUCUACAUCUACGCGCCUCAGAAGAAGCCGAACUCCUCGGUAUGGAUGACGACCAACUUGGCGAAUUCGCAUACGACUAUGUAGAAGUAAGACGAGACUACCUUGCAUGGACACCUGCGAAGGACGAACCAGAAAACGUGGAGAGUAACGUUAACCCCGAAGAUCGUCAUGGCAUCCCAGAACACUCGGAUAUGCUAACCAACCCCUCCGACAUGAUUACGGGACACGCGCCAGGAAGUGGACGAAAUAGUGGAAGUGAAGGUGGACAUGCGCACAACACGAUUAUGGGAGAUAGACAUGGAAUUGCAGUGAUGGAUAAAGAGAAGGCAGCAAUGGCAAGAGAAGGAUAA